GAGCGCCCCGGCGCUGCCCGGCCGCCCCUGCGCGCAGGCGGCGGGAGGAGACUGAGCGCGACGGCCCCGGGAGCCGCGGGGUCGCCCCGCCGGCGGCUCUCCCGGCCCCGCCGGGUCCGGCUCCGGUUCCUCGGAGCUCCCCGGGAGGAGCCGACAACAUGGCUUCCCCACCGCACCAGCAGCUGCUGCAUCACCACAGCACCGAGGUGAGCUGCGACUCCAGCGGGGACAGCAACAGCGUGACGGUGAAAAUCAACCCCAGGCAGCACCCGGGCUGCGGCUCUUCCAAGCGCUGCAAGUACAGCAUCUCCUCCAGCUGCAGCUCGGGGGAGUCGGGGGGCGCCCGCAGGGCGGCCGGUGGCGGCGGCGGCCCCGGCCUCCGCCGGCAGAAGAAGCUGCCGCAGCUCUUCGAGCGGGCCUCGUCCAAGUGGUGGAACCCUAAGUUCGACUCCAACAACCUGGAGGAGGCGUGCAUGGAGAGGUGCUUCCCGCAGACCCAGCGCCGGUUCCGCUAUGCCCUCUUCUACAUCGGCGUGGCCUGCCUGCUCUGGGGCGUCUACUUCGGCGUGCACAUGAGAGAGAAACAGAUCGUGUUCAUGGUGCCGGCUCUGUGCUUCCUCUUGGUGUGUGUAGCGUUCUUCGCGUUCACUUUCACCAAGGCUUACGCUCGCCAUUACGUAUGGACUUCGCUGGUACUCACCCUCCUGGUUUUCGCCUUGACUCUGGCUCCGCAGUUCCAGGCGCUGAAUCCUCUCUCAGGAAGUGGUGACAUGUCCAACCGGACGCCCCCGGCCAGUCCCGCGGACACUUGUCUUUCUCAAGUAGGCAGUUUUUCCAUGUGUGUCGAAGUGCUCUUGCUGCUUUACACCGUGAUGCACCUACCCCUGUAUUUAAGCUUGUUUCUGGGACUGUCGUACUCGGUCCUCUUUGAGACCUUUGGUUAUCGCUUCCGCGACGAGAACUGUUUUGCGCCUCUUGGAUCCGGGGCGAUUUACUGGGAGUUGUUGAGUAAAGCCUUCCUUCACAUCUGCAUCCAUGCCAUCGGUAUUCAUUUAUUUAUCAUGUCCGAAGUCAGGUCCAGAAGCACGUUCCUGAAAGUGGGGCAGUCCAUCAUGCAUGGAAAAGACUUGGAAGUGGAAAAAGCCCUGAAAGAGAGGAUGAUUCAUUCUGUUAUGCCAAGAAUAAUAGCCGAUGACUUAAUGAAGCAGGGGGAUGAUGAAAGUGAAAACUCCGUCAAACGCCAUUCCACCUCAAGCCCCAAAAACAGGAAGAAGAAGCCCUCCAUCCAGAAAACCCCCAUAAUAUUCCGCCCUUUUAAAAUGCAGCAGAUAGAGCAGGUGAGCAUUUUGUUUGCAGAUAUCGUUGGCUUCACGAAAAUGAGCGCCAAUAAAUCUGCCCACGCGCUGGUGGGGCUCCUGAAUGACCUGUUUGGACGUUUUGACCGCCUGUGUGAGGACACCAAAUGCGAGAAGAUAAGCACUUUGGGAGACUGCUACUACUGCGUAGCUGGCUGCCCAGAGCCCCGGGCAGACCACGCUUACUGCUGCAUUGAGAUGGGCUUGGGUAUGAUUAAAGCCAUCGAGCAGUUUUGCCAGGAGAAGAAAGAAAUGGUGAACAUGAGAGUUGGCGUCCAUACUGGGACAGUGCUGUGUGGCAUUCUGGGAAUGAGGAGGUUCAAGUUCGACGUGUGGUCAAACGAUGUCAAUUUGGCCAAUCUGAUGGAGCAGCUGGGGGUGGCUGGAAAAGUCCACAUUUCGGAAGCUACUGCAAAAUAUUUGGAUGAUCGUUAUGAAAUGGAGGAUGGAAAGGUGACCGAGCGAGUUGGUCAGAGCGUGGUAGCUGACCAGUUAAAAGGUUUGAAGACCUAUCUGAUCUCUGGUCAGAAGGUGAAGGAACUGCAGUGCAGCUGUUCACAAGCCCUGCUUCCUGGCUUGGAGUCUGGAGAUGGAGCCAGGAUACAGGCAGCAUCAUCGUCUGAGAACGCCAGCGACUUGACGAAGACUCUCAAACAUGUGGAAAAACCUAAGCCUUGCCCUUCAUGUAGUACCACCCUUGCACCCCACUGUGAUGUCAGCAUAGAUGAAGGAGCUAUCCAAAAUGGUUGUCAGGAUGAGCAUAAAAACAGUACAAAGGCUCCAGGAGGCCAUAGUUCAAAGACUCAAAAUGGACUUUUGAGUCCUCCACAAGAAGAAAAGCUGAGCAACAGUCAAACCUCGCUUUAUGAAAUGUUGCAAGAGAAAGGAAGAUGGGGGGGCGUGAGUCUGGAUCAAUCAGCCCUCCUUCCUUUGAGGUUCAAAAACAUCAGAGAAAAGACAGAUGCUCACUUUGUCGAUGUGAUUAAAGAAGACAGCCUCAUGAAAGACUACUUCUUUAAACCGCCUAUUAACAAGCUGAGCCUGAACUUCUUGGAUCAGGAUCUGGAGAUGGCCUACAGGACGAGCUAUCAGGAAGAGGUUAUAAGGAAUGCUCCAGUGAAGACAUUUGCCAGCGCUACCUUCAGCUCACUCCUGGACGUGUUCCUCUCCACCACAGUCUUCCUCAUACUAUCUGUCACGUGUUUCCUGAAACACGGGAUGGUGGCGUCCCCUCCGCCACCUGCGGCAGUCGUCGUGUUCAUCAUCGCCAUCCUGCUGGAGGUGCUGUCCCUCGUCAUCUCCAUUAGGAUGGCAUUCUUCCUGGAGGAGGUGAUGACUUGCACGAAGCGUCUCCUGGAGGUGAUAUCUGGCUGGCUGCCUCGACAUUUUUUCGGUGCAAUCCUAGUUUCUCUCCCAGCUCUUGCAGUUUUUUCGCACUUCACCUCUGAUUUUGAAACAAAUAUACAUUACACCAUGUUUAUGUGUUGUGCCAUUCUGAUCACCAUUGUGCAGUACUGUAACUUCUGCCAGCUUAGCUCCUGGAUGAGAUCUCUAUUGGCAACUGUAGUAGGAGCAGUGCUUCUCAUUCUGCUCUACAUCUCCUUGUGUCCAGACAGCUCUGUGGAAACUUUUCAUCUGGAUUUGGCACAGAACUUUAGCUCCAGGAAGAGUCCGUGCAACAGUUCAGUGCCAAGUGACAUGAAGAGGCCAGCAGACCUCAUCGGUCAGGAAGUGAUUUUGGUUUUUUUCCUUCUGCUCCUCCUGGUCUGGUUUCUGAAUCGGGAGUUUGAGGUCAGUUACCGCCUCCACUAUCAUGGGGAUGUGGAGGCCGAUCUUCAUCGCACCAAAAUUCAGAGCAUGAGGGAUCAAGCUGACUGGUUGCUGAGGAAUAUUAUUCCCUAUCACGUGGCUGAGCAGCUGAAGGUUUCCCAGAGCUAUUCCAAAAACCAUGACAGUGGCGGAGUAAUCUUUGCUAGUAUUGUGAACUUCAGCGAGUUCUACGAAGAGAACUACGAAGGAGGCAAAGAGUGCUACAGAGUCCUGAAUGAACUGAUUGGGGAUUUUGAUGAGCUGCUAAGCAAACCACAUUACAGCAGCAUUGAGAAAAUCAAAACAAUUGGGGCAACCUACAUGGCUGCUUCAGGGCUGAACACAUCGCAGUGUCAGGACAACAACCAUCCCCAUGGACAUUUGCAGACCCUUUUUGAAUUUGCCAAAGAAAUGAUGCGAGUGGUGGAUGACUUCAACAACAACAUGCUGUGGUUUAAUUUUAAACUUCGGAUUGGCUUUAACCAUGGCCCUCUCACUGCUGGGGUCAUUGGCACCACCAAGUUAUUGUAUGACAUUUGGGGUGACACUGUGAACAUUGCUAGCAGAAUGGACACCACUGGCGUAGAGUGUCGUAUACAGGUGAGUGAGGAAAGCUACCGCAUCCUGAACAAGAUGGGGUAUGACUUUGACUAUAGGGGGACAGUCAAUGUGAAGGGGAAAGGUCAGAUGAAGACCUACCUGUACCCAAAAUGCAUGGACAAUGGGAUCGUGCCACAUCACCAGUUGUCUAUAUCCCCAGACAUUCGGGUUCAAGUGGAUGGCAGCAUUGGGCGAUCUCCGACUGAUGAGAUUGCCAACCUGGUGCCUUCUGUACAGAAUUCUGAUAAGAUAGCCCAUGGCACAGAUAACUCAGAAACCAAGGACAUACUUCCUUCCUCCAAGAAGCUCCAGAAAGAUUCAAUGAAAGCAGAAGAGAGGUGCAGGUUUGGCAAAGCUGUAGAGAAGACUGACUGUGAGGAAGCGGGAACUGAGGAGGUCAAUGAACUGACAAAGCUAAAUAUCUCUAAGAGUGUAUGAUGCACUGUCAGAGUUGCAUGAAGUGCUCUGUCAAUAGAAACACAAAGACAUUUGCAAUUGGCAGUUUUCUUUUUCAAGAGAGACCUUCUCAACACCUGGGUUGUACGUUUGUUUUCAUUUCAGCGCCUGAUGCUGUGUGGAUCACAGCUCUUCAGGGCUUGUUUUCAUCCAUCUCUCUCCUCCAUGCCCCAAAUCACAUCCCAAGCUCCCCAGCUCCCUGUGCAACCAUCUUACAGCUGAGUAGAGGAUAUUAAGUGCCUUCAGAUAUACUCCAUUGGACUCCCUGUCAAGGUACAGAGGCCCCAAGUGAAAUCAUAGCUUUGGGUAUUUAUCUAAUUUUAAAGAAAAGAAAAGCUGUGGUUAUAUCAUUUUUAUUGUUGUUUCUCACAAAACACUUUUUUUGGCUAAUGCAACUCCUUGGGUUUUUUAUAUCUAUCUGAACAAUGUUUUACUGUUAUCAGACCUUUUGUAUGUAAACACACAGACAAAUGUGCAUGUAUCUACCAUAUGAGACUGACAUAAAGUGCCAGUAACAUACCACAAAAGAAUGUCUUGGCAAGGGGGUGACACAAUUUUACUUUGUGUUGGGCUGGAGGAGGAGUUCUGCAGUGGCUCAACAUUUAGUUAGAGUAGGCUGAACAACUGCUGUAGUUUUAUUCUCCUUUACCAAUGCUUUCUUCAAACGUAAUGUGCCAUUGUGUGCUUUGGAUACCCUUCUUUUCCAUAUAGCCAAUGAGUUACUGAUAUGUGGGAAUGGAAUAAGGGUUUGGACUUCACCAGCUCUCAGGACAGGCUUCCAGAAGCAGACAAGCGACCAGAAGAGCGUUACAAUUUGGGUUUUGUGUGUCUAAAAGGGUUUUAGGUUGCUCUGCACCCUAGCUGAAUUGGCAAAGGUAGGUGAAGUUGGUGUCUCUAAGCUGGUCUGAUUUGAGAGAGAGAAAAGUUAAAUAAAUGUUUUGGAGAUGCCGUUAUUUAUUUAUUUAUUUUAUUUCUAUUCUUAUUUUGUUUUUGUUUUUUGUGGAAGGGAUCAGGAGAGACGAGUCGUUAAUUGGUUUAGCAAGAGUAGUAGGAUAGCGUUUCAGCCUCUUUGAACUACCAACCACUGUGAGGAUGUUGUUACCUAGGCAAUAUUUGUUUCAAAGCUGGUGAAACUUCCGAAGCCACCAAACGCAGUUGGGCAUCCCAGCUUCCCUCUGUACUGAACUAAUGGUGCUGCACAAUAUUUUUUCAGGAUUUGCCCCCUACACUGUGCUUUUGCAGCAGGGAAUAGAACAGCAUGCUCCCUGUGUGCCACUGAAAGCGGGAAUAGGGAGAGAGUCCUUUGUUGCGAGCUGAGAAGCACAACAAUUUCCCAGUCCUGCGGGUGAGUUUGUGCAGGUCCCCGUGACCGGAGAUCUGCUUGCACAGAGGUAACUGCAGGAGUGGGGCCUCAGACGAUACCGGUCUGCCCUCUGCAUGCUUCCAUCACCUCAUCCACUUACAUUUGAUGCCCCACUUUGGAUAUCAUUACCUAUUCAGCUAUUUGAGUUUAACAACCUUGCAACACCAAAUAAAAGAAUUUUUGCGCCUGAAAUAAGUUCUUUAGCCAGGGAAGGUCUGGUGGAAUGCAAUGCUGUGCUGUCUGCUUAUUGGUAUGUGUUUUAAUUCUUUCUUUCCAUCUGACCUGAAAUCAGAAUAUAUUGAUACUUCGUUUUAUUUUCGGAGUUUGAGUAAUAAAUAUAUACAUUGUGAUGUUCCUAUUCAGCCAUCUGAGAUCCAUCUACACUCCAUGGUGAGCAUAGAGCCCUUGAAGCCUUUGUCAAAUGUAAAUCUAGGAGGUUUCUGGAUCUCAGUUACCUUAAACAAGACUCUGCACACUGUUCUCACAAAAGCUGCUGUUUAUGCAUCUCUAAAUUGCAUUGGAUACAAAAGCUGUAUAAAGUGAAUCUUACUUGCUCAGUCUCCCAGCACACACAAAAAAAAGGGGGUGCUCAUCCCUAUGCCACAGAUGCCAUAGCCUCGUUUGGGGCUAUUCCUGACAAGCAACAAUAGGAAGUUGUUUUUAAUAGUGUAAAGUUUUAUAGCAGCCUGCCUUCCCACUCAAUUAGAACUAGUCCCCUUCCCCCAUAGUGGGUUGCACUUCCAACUUUCAGGUAGUAUAACUCUGCAAAUACCUCUUGAAUCCGACGAAUGUAUUCUUGAAACCAUUUCUAGGAUUCUCGUUCCAGUUAAGUGUAUGUCAGUAUUUCUUUUCUUACAGUGGGCAAGUUCACGUGGUCCAGAAUUGUUUACAUGCCUUCUAGUGUUAUAUUUGGGAUCUCGAAGUGGUUCAGCCCUUUUUCCCUUUCCCUUCUUUCCCCCCCGUUUUACAAACAGCUCUGCCCAGGGUUCAGUACCAUUUCUCUCUCACUGACCCGCUGCUUUGUCGGGACGGGCCUGCUGAUGGAGCCCUGCGUGGGGACCCCUCCCGCAGCCCCCUGCCACCAGCGAGGUUUGUGCCGCGUGGAGCCUCUGAAAUGGGCAACGCUCCCAUGCUGCGGGAGCACCGCAGGUGGCUGGUAGCGUUAGGAUACCAAAAAAUAAAACACUAUACCGGGGGCUCAUUAUUGUUGGCAUUAAGCAAAUGAAAUGGCAGAGGAGAGAAAUCGGGUUGGGCUCUGAAGUCGGGGGCUGCUGUCUGCUGCAGGCUCUGGUGCGUUGAGCGCGGCACUGCUGCAGCCUCCGCAGCCUCCUUCGGAGGUCAGCGCCUUGUCUUAGCACGGCGUAGGAACAGGAUCGGGAAGCUAAGCUGUCGGCGUGCGCUUUGAACAGUGAGAUUUUCACAGGCACAGGGAGACACUUGUUUUUUGUUGGAAAACGGUGGGGGUUGAACCUUUGCGCCUUCCCUUGAUGCCUUUGAAAAGAUGUCCCAGUGCUUGCAGGAAAUUGUUCUGCCGGCGUAUGUAACGGCGCCGGGCUGCAUCCCACCUUGUCCUGGAGCUGGCCCUGCUACACGUGCGCUUGUGGGAGGCCUCGAGCAAAGCCAGUGUCAUUGAGAUGUCCCUCCUGCUUGCCCCGCUGGUGCCACUGCCAUUCAGACACGGGGUAGAAGCUGCAGGGCUGGACAGAUAGCUGGAAGUGUAUUCUGCACGCACAGUCAGCGCGGAGCUGUGCUCUGGUUUUAGGGUGUCUUCAUGCUGAUCGUUUCAAAACUACCCAGAGAGGGGGAAAAAUUGCUGCAUGUUUGCUAGGCCAGGGCUGCCUUCAGCCACAGGUCCCCUGUGGGAGCUGCUCGGGAGCACAGAGUGAGGAGGAAGAUGGUGAGCGUGCCCUGCAGUGGCAUCUUCAUCUGCUGCCAACGCGCAGAAAUGCUGACUUUCUUGCAGCUUCUUCUGUGAAAUGGAAUUGAUUUCUCAUUUAAAAACAAGUAAAUGGCGUUCCUGUUGAUUUACUUCUGGUGUUUGUGAUUUGGAGACAGGACCAGACCUGCCUGUUGUUUCCCACAGUUUGGUGCCAUUCCCUUUGGCCGAACCGAGCAGGCACAGCGUUGUGCCUGGCAGCUUCUCCGCAGGGCAGUUGGAUUUUGAGAAGACAAAAGGGGAGCUGAGAGGAUGCCCCCAGUGUGGAGGUGGCACAAACCUCUCCCAGAGCCAGGUCAGCGUUGGCUGGCACCAGGAAAAGGGCGAAAGAUAACUAGUUGGAUACUUCAGGGCUUAUAAUUGCUGAACUCUAACUUGUUUCUAAAACUUUAAUUCUGAAUACAACAGCCAUGUUUAAAAAAAAAAAAAAAAGUGGUAAGGGAGCAGUUGUGCACUUCAUGCCUUUAUGUUGCAAUAUCACAGAGCCUGGGAGUUCCUGAGGUUGGUUAUAACCUAGUCAGCUGCAUAACUGAGCAACUUGGGGGUUUUUACCAAAUUUAAGGACUGUGUCUGUUUUCUCUCUGCUUUCAUGCGAGGUCUCGCUGGCUCAGUCUGGGUGGGUCCUUGCCUCCCUGGUCCUCUCUAAGCUCCAUCUUGCGCUGUGCACAGCAGCACCUGACUUCUGCCGGGGCCAGGUGGUGGUUCCAGGGGUUUUCCUCCGCACUUCAGCUGCUUCCACUGCUGUUUGCCUGUGACUGCGUUUCCCAACACGAAGGGGAGAGCACAUCAGCUCUGAUAUUUCAGUCCUGCUCUGGUGGUCCAGCUGCUGCUGCAGCUUUCUCUUCCUGCUGUUCUUGAGCCGCUUGGCAGAAGGCACAGAAGGGUGGCAGGCACGUCUGCAGGGUUAAGUUGGAGAUUCCAGGAAAAAAAUGAAUUUUUCAUCACACCAAAAGGAGGGGGGGGGAAGUUCUAUGACCUUGAGUGUUAGAGACCAUGCAAAAGCAGAAGUUAAUAACUAAAAUGAAGUGAGGGGCUGCUGGUGUUGGGUUCAGGGAAGCAGAGCUCAGGAGGGCGCUUGUCCCCAAAAUGCUCUGGGAUGCUGAAAGUGGAAGGAUGCUUGCAGAGAGCAUGUUUUGUUUGUUUGCUAAGCUUGAGACUUCUUGGUUCGAAGCUAUUUUGUGGGGAGGCGUAUUUGGAAAGGAAUGUGGCCAAGCAAAAAAUGAGAAACUCUGCUUUCAGUCUCAGCAGAAAAGAGACACGUGAGCGGGCAGGGGUCCUUGGCUGGUGGGGCUGACUGAUACACACGGAGGGUUCGGCUUUGUCUUGAAGUCUGGCAUUUAGUUAUAUAUUGUAAAGCACUGUUUAUUGAUGUGAUUUUCCCAGUCGCUGGAGAUGUCAUGGGAAUGGUUUGGCUGGAAGCAGGGAAUGAUUUACACAUGGAAAGAAGAGCGGUGGAUGCUGGAGAUGCAGGGGUGCCCCAGCAGUGUCCGGCAACGUGCUGCAGCACUGAUGCCUCGCAGGAGCAGGCCUGGGGUCGGCUGGCUCAGUGGGGUGGGAAGAACCUGGACUUGCGGUUCGUUGGUACCGAGAACGUCAGCACACAGUGCCUGCAGAAUUUUGCCAAGUCCUAUAAAAACAAAAAUUUGGAAAUGAUAACCACUACAUGCUGAUUCCUGCAGACAUUCUGGCUGUCCCUAUUUUAGUUUGAGGGGGGCAGUGGUCUGGUGACUCAGUCAAGAGCUGUGAAACCGUGGACCAUUUUCUGCUGAAAUGUACCGUGCAGGAAACCAGAGAGCCAAGAGGGUCUGCCUGUAGGAAUGCAGGACACGGCACACCGGUGGAUUUUUGUUUCAGUGGAUUUUGGUGCUCUGUACAAUGACAUUCGUGCUUCCAGCUCAGAAGGUGGGGAGUUCAGAGGCCGUGCUGCAGCCAUACAUCGAUCACAGACAGCAUCCUGUGGUUAUAGAAACCGAAACCCUGUUGCCAACACCAGCGAUGCAGCCAGUUGUUUUCUUGGAGAAUCCACCUACUCCUUCCAUCCUUUAACCUAACUGGCAGGAUCAAGAAGAAAAUGAUCUGGACCCCCAGACCCUUACCACUCUCACCAGAGCUGUGAAAUCCCUUUGGUAGUUUCCAGGUUGCCCUUAGUGUCCUUGGUGCCCACGUGGGAGAGCAGCAGGGGGCAGUGGUCGGAUGCGUGGACAGUACUCAGCAGUCUUCCCCGUGACACCCCUGGCAGGCGGCAGACCUCUCUAGGGUCUAGAGGUGGGUGCCUCUGUCCCCUACAGCAGGGAGUCACCCACAGCGAUCACCCGCUGCUUCUGGGUGCUCCCGCAUGGCACGGGGUCCAUCAGCUCAGUUUUUCACGUGAAGCCAUGCCCAGCACCUCAGCUCAGAGGGCACUAAGCCUGUUUGCCAACUUCAGGAGGAGUGAGAGCCUUUCUCCUCUUAUGAGGAGCGACCAACUUCCAGCCUUCACCUGCUACAGACUCACGACGUACAGUUUCACGUGGCACAGAGCCCCCCUACAUCUCCACUGCAGCAGGGGGGUGAGACUCCUGAAGCCAUGGGGUCUCUGAGGAUAUCCCUUCUCUUCGUGCUCAUCCUCGCGGGUGCUGUGCAGCCCCCUCGCGUCCUGCCAUAACUCCGCCGGAGGCUCCGCUAGCCUGGUGGCAAAAUGUGGGGUAAGCAAACAAUGCUGCACAAGGCACCAAGCGCGCUGAUAUCACGGAAUCCCAGGGUCAUCCGGGUUGGGAAAGACCUUCAGGAUCUCCAAGUCCAACCAGCAGCCCGGUCUCCCAGUCCUCUGCUAAGCCACGUCCUGCAGGGAUGGGGACUGGGCUGCCGCGCUGGGCAGCACGCCCCGGUGCUUGGCCACCUCAGUGCUCAGGUCAGCGAAGAAGGGGGAAGGUGGACGUGAGAUGAGAUGUGGGGUGCUCUGAAGGCUCAUCUCUAAUUUCCAGGUUCGAUGACUUUGCUCGGCUGGAGCACGGGGAGGUUUGGGGUUUCUGUGCUAGGAUGAGGGAGCCUUAAAACAGACACAGUUUGUGAAGCUGCUGUAAUGCCACCCUCUGAACUCUGUCCUCUGAGCAACGCGGCAGGUUUUGUCAGCAACCAUCAGGCACCAGGAGCUUGCUGGCUUUGUCUUUAAAUUAGAGUUCAUUAAAAAUCAAAUGUCAGACUCUGAAUAGGCUCAAGCAGUAACUAAAAUCAGUGCAAAAUCUGAUUUGUGUUACCAGUGGCUCAGCUGGAGCGUUGCUGGGGGCUUACGGGUGCUGAAUGAAGCUCUGUGGAAUAACAGCAGUGCGAGUUUUCUGCAGAAAUCCCUUUUUAAGCUUUGAGCAGAGGAGCUAAACUUUUGUCUUCAGCUGAGAAAACUGGCUAUACAACUUAGAGAAAUGUUUGCUUUUUACAUUCAAGAGGCAAUAUUAGAUCUUAAGAUUAUUUUGGGGAAAACAAAACAAAACAAAAAACAGGUGGGUAGAAGACAUUUAAAGCUUUUUUCCCUGGUUCUUUAGUGUAGCUGCUGUCCAUUAGUUGGCCGGGAGAGGAGCAGGGCAGCCCCGGGUGCAGGGGCGCGAGCUGUCCCGCCUGUGGCGCGUUGCAGGGAGCAGCUGUUCCGCACGCGUGUCAUGGGGCUGGACGCUGGUGCAGGGGAAGCAGUCGCUCGUUUUUUAUUGUUCUGGAAAGGCCCCGAGGCUGCUGCGUCGGCUUCUCGCUUUGUAGCCCUCAGUCUUACUUUGUACGUGUUUUACUCUGUUCUUGCAUUGGUCUUUGGCCCGCUGUAGCAGCGCGUAUUUUAAUCUCUAGAUGUUGCAGCAUUCACUGAAUCUGAAGAACUGCAAAGAGGGUAGUGGCUGGGACCAGCUUCUAAAAUGUCAACUUUCAGCUCUUUGACCGGUGCUGCACUCGCCUAGCUCAUCAUUCGUGGUCGCUUGAGCCGCUAUGUACCCGAGGUACCUGGCUGGGCACCGCGUUGCUCCACAGCUCGUGUGUGUCCGCAGUUUGAGUUUUCCGAGGAUAUUAAUGCACUCAUGUCAAAGUGACUUUCUCAGUUUUUACUCUUUUCUCCCUUACUUACUAAUGAGUUCGCCUGUUUCUAAAUUCAUGCAUUGGCUGAAUAUUAGUGCGCGAUUCAGAGAUGGUUUGUAUCAUUUGGUUGUGGGAAGACGUAGGCUCGGGGCAGGAAGAAAUGCAGCGCAUGGUACAGCGAUGUACCGGGGUGUGUGUGCAGAAGGGAGGCGCUUGCCUCUUCAACAUCCUUGACUCUUUGCCUUGAUCCCAGCAGGAGCAGUGUUUCAUUUGGGGUUUAUCUGAGAUGUGAGCUGGGUACCUCCGUCUCGCUGGUGCCCCCAGGAGCCUCCCAGGGAGGGUUUUGGUGGUAUCGCAGUGCUCUGCUGGGCACCGGGGUUGUCUCUGGGCUGGCACCAGCACCUGCAGCGGUUUUCUCCGUGCGUAGAGGUUCGGGACUCCCCCACCGCCAGAGUGCCCUUCCCAGAUUUCAUUUGUCACCACCAGUUUUCUGAGGCCGUGUUGAGAUACACAUGUGCAUGUGUAUAUGUGCCGAGACAGAGACUUGUGGCACCCUACUGCGAGUACAACUUCAAACUUCCAAAGUAAUAAACUCUUUAAAGCCAAGAGCCUUAACGACUCCUAACGUCUGCUGAGAGACAAAGCACAGGUUCAGGUUUGUGCCGAAUACUUAGGAAUUUUAGCCACAGAUGUCUCCUGUCCGUGAGGAGGUAACAGGAGCAUCCAGAGACGCGAAGGACCUUGGCCGCGCUCACCGAAUCCACCAGGAACACAUAGAAAGGCUCCCCCGGUGCUCUCAGGAAAGUCGCCUCACUCCCGCAGGGCUUGCCAUCACAUUGCAUUUCUCAUAACAGCUCCUCCUUUCUGUGAAAUGCUGCUUUUAACCUGGCGUAAAAGCUUUCUGGUGGUGGUGGGGACCAGCCACUUCCUUUCCCUUUCAGCCCCAACGUGGGGCAACACCACGGCAUCGGUGCCGGAGCUGUGGUGGGGUUUGGCCAGGUGGAAGCGAGGAACCCAGAUCCGAGCCGGCUCGCGUCCGGUGGGGCUGCUGCCUUGACGUGGUACGGAGACUUCAGCGCUGCCUGUCCUUGCCUAAGCACACAUGGAGAUUGUAUGGAAAGUGUUAAACAUUCAUUGAGAACAGUUUCCAGUUCAGGAAAAAAAAAAAAAAAAGGCAAAUGAAAACAUUUUAAAGUAUCCAGGUUAGCUGGAAAUUGUUUCUUCAUGACGUCUUUGUUUUCUUUCUCUUCCCAUCCUAGCAAGGGCCGUGUUCACACUACCUUCUCCCCUCCCUUUCUGCAGAAAGACAGAACCGUGCUGUUUACAAGCGCCCUGCGGGGAAGCUUGGCGCUUCUGCCGGGUCGCUUUGCUGGGGGACGGGGCUUCCGCGCAGCGGCUUCAGUGUAAAUACUCUGCAUAUGCUUCGUUGACAAAGCAGAAAUGGAGAAAAGUUGUAUCUGUGAAAUAUUAAGCUAUAUAUGUAUAUAGAUAAACCGCGUAUUAUCUCUGACUCGUUACGGAUCUGUAAUCAAUUGUAUAUUAAACUGUUUUACUGUAUCGCA